CACGACAAUUCAUUUUUUUUUUUCUUGAAAAAAUAUUUGGUCGGAAAAUGGGUUUUCCGGUUGGGUAUACGGAUCUUUUUCUGCCGGAGCUGCUGGUGCAGGUGCUCAUGGUUAUGGAUUUGGUGAGAAAUUUGAUUGCCAUGUUUUUCGGCAUUCUGGGUCUGGACAAUUUCUUGGAACCGGAAAUGUCGUCGACACCGGAGGAAUCCAAGUCGGAGCUCCAAUCAUUAUCCGCCGCCCUUAUCCGGGAGGUCUUGCCGGUGGUGAAGUUCUCGGAGGUGGCGGAGCGGGCGGAGAGCUGCGCGGUGUGCUUGUUGGAGUUCGACGGCAACGAUGAGAUCCGACGGCUGAGGAAUUGCCGGCACAUAUUCCACCGGAGCUGCCUGGACCGCUGGAUGGACCACGAUCAGAAGACGUGCCCGCUGUGCCGGACGCCGUUCAUACCGAGGGAUAUGCAGGAGCGGUUCAACGAGAGACUGUGGUUGGCUUACGGCGGCGAGAACUCGCAGAUUGUUGCCGGUGUUUAGUGGCCGCAACUCUUUUUCGUCUCGUUUAACUUAUUUUUAAUUUAAGCUUUUUUUUUUGAGAAGUUAGUAUGCAGAAUGUAGGAAGUAUAUAUUAUUGCCUGGAAAAAAGAAUGAAAA